UUGAUGAUAUAUAUACGAAUAACAAUAUUUAUUCGACAUCAUACAACUAAUUUACCAUUACCGAUUAAACAAAGACACGAUCGAGAUUUUCUUGUUGUCCAACGUAUAUUAAUUAUAGUUAGUCUAUUACUUAUUCUUGGUAUUCCAUCAAUAUUCUUUAUAAUAAGAUUCAUUAUAACAGGUGAUGAUCAUCCUUUGACUAAUCGUAUUGCAUGGUUUCCAGUUGGAAUAUCAAUGUCAGGAUUGAGUGUAACAUUAGUUUUUACUAUUCCUCAACUGAAAAGUAUUGUUGUAAAAUUAUUUCAACAAAAUCGAAUAAAACCUGCUACUCUUGCCACUGUACCAACAAGAAAUCAGAUGAAAUCUGUUUGUGGUACUGAUUAA